GCCUCAGUCUAUCUUCUUCCCAACAAAACCCCUUAAUCACUUACUCAUAUUGUUUUGCCUCUUUAGAGCCUAAGUGUUCAGUGUCUUCUCCAAAACAAAACCCUUCUCACUCAUAUUACUUUGUCUCCUUAAAUCCUAUUAUUUUCUUCACUAGCUCCCAUUAGCCUCUGCAACUACAUUUUCAGAAAAAGAUGGAUAGGGUGACUAAACUGGCACCACAGAAGGCAGUGGUGAUCUUCAGCAAGAGCUCAUGCUGCAUGUGUCAUACCAUCAAGAGAUUGUUUUAUGAACUUGGUGUUAGCCCAGCAAUUUAUGAGCUUGAUGAGGAGUCCAAGGGGAGAGAGAUGGAGUGGGCACUCAUGAGGCUUGGGUGUAGCCCUUCUGUACCUGCUGUGUUCAUUGGAGGUAAACUAGUGGGUUCAACCAAUGAGGUCAUGACUCUCCAUCUCAAUGGAUCAUUGAUACCAAUGCUCAAAGAUGCUGGUGCUAUUUGGCUUUAGCAACACACUCCUCUCACUGCAACUCAAGUUCUUAUAAAGAAUCAACUCAUGAGCUCUUUUUGUUAACAGCUAAUGAUCUUCGGUCUCCACUCCACUUUUUUUUUUCUUCUUUUUUCUUUUCCAUUUUCUGGCCUAGGUAACUGUAAUCUUAUGAGAAGAAAAUACCAUAUGAAAACAAACUGAUGCAGCUUGUAAUGGCUUAUAUCUUUUGCCUAAUAUAGUUACAAUUUUCCUUUCUUUA